AUGGUACUGAAUAGGGAGAUGUCUUCUAUGUCCUCCACAGAGAGAGCUGCCGGGCACACGACUAGCCAGUUCUGCCAACCGUCCAUUGUGUACCCUGUGGGGAAAGUAAUACGGGGACACGCAGACACCUGCAAGACCUUUGGCAGUGGGGCCGUGCAGCCUUUCAAUGGGACCCUUUUCCACGUUCGCUCGAAUUGCCCCUUCACCCUCACCAGUUUCACCCACAACAGAGUGGACAGUACCAUCACCACGAGGAGGGGGGUGAACGGGCUCCUGGAACAGGUCGAAAUCACGGUCAACAAAGUCACGACCAUUUUACAGAAUGGAAGUGUCCAGGUGGAGGGAAAAAGUGUUCGUUUACCCUAUGACCACACAUACCAGCACAUAUUUCCCUUUGGCAUCUACACCAAGCUGAGGAGUUCUGUGAUCCCACUCUCGGUCAUCUGGCAAAAUGUCCCUGGAGGAAUUGGCACAUUAUGGGUUGAGAUUGAACAAGAGCUGGAUUCUGACAUGGAAGGACUUUGUGGAAAUCACCUCAGACCUGGCAACAUAAAGGAGUUGAUUUCACAAAGCGUUCUACGUGAAGGAACAUGCAAAAUAUGGGAUCCAGCCUCUACUAUGAACAAGGAUUGCAGAAAGUUUUUAUCUCAAACUGUGGACUGCCUGACGCAAAUGACCCCAAAUUAUAUAAAACUGUGUGAACAAAAUAUUUACAACUUUGAACAAAACGAGUAUGUCAGAUGCUCCUUCUUUCAAGAGGUGAUCCAACAAUGUGGAGAACACAGCCACAUAGCCGACCAGUGGAGGAACAUAACACAUUGUAGUGAGCCUAAGUGUCCUGGUGAGUUGCUUUAUGAGGAGAAGGGUGCAGCGUUUAUUCCUAGUUGCUCAAAUCCAAAAAUCGACAGCCAAGAAGUCACCAGCUCCUGUGUCUGCCCCAACGGUAAGAAAUUACACAUCAUUUUAAAUACCAAUAUGAGAAAUACAUCUUUAUGUUUUGACGGAGAAUGGAAAUGUACGAGCCAUGAUCUUCCAUCUGUUUGUGUGAUAGAGGGGAACUUUGUCACUACUUUUGAUGGGAAGAGAUACACAGUGGGCAGUGGGUGUGCAUUUGUGGCUUCACAGGGUUCAGACUGGAAAAUAGUAAUAGAGUAUGCAGUUAAAGCAACCUCUAUGAACUCUGUGGAUCUUGACAUUUUUGAGGAAAAAUACAAAUUUGCCAACAACAAGGUUACAUUUGAUGGCAAGGAGAUCUCUGACCUUCAUGAGUCUGAGCAUGCCUUGGUUUUCUGGCAGUCUUCCAUGUUUGUUGAAGUCUACACAGCUUUUGGACUCAAGCUACAAAUCCAGAUGUCUCCAGAAAUUCAUCUCUACAUCAGCCCCCCUUCAAACUACAAUGACACAAUCUCUGGUCUAUGUGGAAAUAACAAUGGAGACACCACAGACGACUUCAGGACAAACACUCGUAUUAUUGAAAACUCGCCUCACCUGUUUGCUCAGUCCUGGAGUGUCAGUCCUUGUAACAAACUGAAUCCUCCUCCUCCAUGCAUAAGAACUGAAUACGAAAUCUUUGCUGAGAAGAAAUGCUCUGUUUUAAACGAUCCAACUGGAAUAUUUGCUGCAUGUCACGGCGAUGUCCCAACUGACAAUUAUUUCAUGGCUUGUGUGGAGAGAACCUGCACCUGUGGCUCUGACCUGCACCAGUGUCUGUGCUCUGCUCUGUCCAGUUAUGUCAAAGCCUGCUCUGCUCUCGGGGUGGAGGUGGGGGACUGGAGGAAGGCCACCAACUGCUCGGUGGAGUGCCCGGGGAACCAGGAGUUUUCCUAUAACGUUGUGGCCUGUAACAGCACCUGUCGGUCCCUGUCAGGCCCUGACCUGUGCUGUCUGCUGGAGGAUGCUCCAGUGGAGGGCUGUGGAUGUCCUGAAGGAACCCACCUGAACAAAGAUCUCAUCUGCAGCCCCAAGUCUCAGUGCGAGUGCCACUACAACGGAGGCACCACCCCCGGGCCUGCUGUUAUCGACGGGCGACAGUGUUUUUGUGAAGAUGGAGAAUUGAAGUGUUCAGAUGAUUGUGGAUGCACAAAUGGGAAAGUCUGUGUUCACUGCUCGGAUUUUAAAGUGAACACUCUUCAGAAAACCUGUGGCAGUCUCAGCAAACCCACAACUUCUUCUUGUGAGAGCGGCUGUUACUGUCCAGGUGACCAGUUUGAGAAUCAUCAUGGAGACUGUGUGCCUUUGGACAACUGCACCUGCUCCUACAGUGGAAAAGUUUAUAAUGCAGGAGAGACCGUCAAGAGCUCCUGUACAUCAUGUGUGUGCUCUAAUGGCCAGUGGCAGUGCACAGAUGAACUGUGCUCCAGUACAUGUCAAGUUUUUGGGAAUGGACACUAUCAGACUUUUGACUCCAAAUGGUUUCGCUUUGAUGGUCAUUGUCAGUACACAUUAGUCAAGGAUGACUGUGGCAGGAGAAAUGGUACAUUUUCUGUCCGAGUUGAAAGUGUUCCCUGUUGUGACGAGGCCCUUACUUGUUCUCGAUCAAUUGUGCUGGAUGUCAAAGACCAUUUCAGCCUCUCUCUUAGUGACAUGAAAGUGACGGAGCAGGUCCACAGUGCCCUGCUCCAACACAGUCCUCCGUACACAAUUCAAACAGUGGGUCUCUACAUCAUUAUAACUGUCCCCACUAAAGGCAUCACUCUGAUCUGGGACAAACACACUUGGAUCACAAUAGAACUGCAGCCACAAUGGAGGAAAGAGGUGUGUGGCCUCUGUGGGAACUUUGACUCCAAUGAGAUGAAUGAUCUUCAAAUAAAGGAUUCAUCAGUGGCGUUGACUCCGGUGGUGUUUGGGAACAGCUGGAAGAGCCCCUCCCCUCCCUGUUCUGAUGUUACGACGGAGAUAUUUCCGUGUGAACGAAACUCGUACUGUGGAGCCUGGGCCCAAAGACGCUGCCGGAUCAUUACAGGAGACACGUUCAAAGACUGUCAUCUUAAAGUGGACCCAGAGCCGUACUACCAGGCCUGUGUGCAGGAGUCUUGCUCGUGUGAGUUUGAGGGGAGGUUUCUGGGCUUCUGUACCGCUGUCGCCGCUUAUGCCGAAGCCUGCAGCCACUGGGACGUCUGUGUGGACUGGAGAACUCCUGAUCUAUGCCCGGUGUACUGUGACUACUACAAUGAGCACGACCAGUGUGUGUGGCACUAUCAAGCUUGUGGUCAACUGCUCACCUGUGGCCAAGACGAAGACUUUACUUAUAAACUAGAAGGUUGUUAUCCCAGAUGCCCUGAAGAGAAGCCGUAUUAUGAUGAACAUACUGGAAAAUGCACAGAUUUGCGAAACUGUACUUGUUAUUUCAAUGGGACUGUCCUAGAUCCGGGGACCAGGGUCUUAAUAGAUCUGAGAGAAUGCAACUGUCAGAAUGGAAAAAUUAAGUGUACACCUUCCUCCACCACGGCUCUACCUACUACAACUACUACUGCUACUACUACUAUUACUGCACCUACAACUAUUUCUACUACUACUUCAACUUCUACUGCACCAACCACAACUUCAACUACUACUACAACUGUACCCCCCACUGCUUCACCAACUACUACUAAUGUCCCGGUAUGA